AUGGCUUCCACACUUGUGGGCAAACUUGUUCUCGUGAUGGUGGCCAUCCUAGGACUUUGGGCCUCCCAAGCCCGCUCGCGCGAGCUACACGGAGCAACCAUGUGGGAGAGGCACGAGCAGCGGAUGGCUCGCCAUGGGCGGGUGUACCAGGAUGACGCCGAGAAGGAGCGACGCUUCUCAAUCUUCAAGAACAACGUCGACUUCAUUGAGUCCUUCAACAAGGAUGGGAACAAACCAUACACGCUAGCCAUUAAUGCGUUCGUUGAUCUAACGAUCGAGGAGUUUAAGGCCUCAAGGAACGGAUACAAGCGCUCUUCCUCCCCGAGGCAGGUGAGCACUAAGCCAUUCAGAUACGAGCACGUGACCGCCGUACCAUCAAGCAUGGAUUGGAGAAAGAAAGGAGCCGUCAUGCCCAUCAAGGACCAAGGCCAAUGCGGAAGUUGCUGGGCUUUCUCUGCUGUAGGGGCCAUGGAAGGGAAUAACCAACUCACAACGGGAAAACUGAUCUCUUUGUCCGAGCAAGAACUAGUGGAUUGUGACACAAGUGGUGAAGACCAGGGUUGCGAGGGUGGCUUCAUGGACAACGCUUUUGAGUUCAUCAUCGGCAACCACGGCCUCACAACCGAGACUAAUUACCCUUACCAAGCUGUUGACGGAACCUGCAAUGCCCGCAAAGAAGCCUCUAGUGCUGCAAAAAUCACUGGAUACGAAGAUGUGCCAGCCAACAGCGAGUCUGCCCUUCUGAAGGCUGUAGCCCACCAGCCAGUUUCCGUGGCCAUUGAUGCAGGCGAAUCGGCUUUUCAGUUCUACUCCAGCGGCAUUUUCACGGGGGAAUGCGGGACCAAUCUGGACCAUGGGGUCACUGCAGUCGGGUACGGGACGAGUGAGGACGGAACCAAGUACUGGUUGGUCAAAAAUUCGUGGGGCACCGGAUGGGGCGAGGAGGGAUACAUUAGGAUGAAGAGGGACAUCGAUGCUAAGGAAGGUCUUUGUGGCAUCGCCAUGGAGGCUUCAUAUCCAACUGCAUAA